GUGUGAUAAUUUCUGUAGAGCAGGAAAUAUGAUGUACAAUACAUGAAUAUUUGAUAUAACAAUCGUGUAAUCAGGUGUUUAGAUAGAGGUAUUUGUGUCUGGGAAGCACCGGUGAUCGUCAUAUGGUGAUGUAUCGACAAGUGCCACUGAUACGAAAUUGAAAAUAUAUAAAAAUAAACAGAAGUAAUGCUCCGCGGAGCGACGAUGUAGAAUAUAUAUUUAUACAAUACUAGUAUCAGGGGAAAACGUAUAAAAGCUUGGGAAUGAAAUGACGAUAAUGAUUGUUUGUAAAUUCUGUAUUAUUUUCAGAAUGAUCGGAGUACAAAAGAAAAAAGGAGUUCCUAAAUGGGUUGCAGUAUUGGCAAUUCUUGCUUUGGUUUCUGUGGCAACCGUUUUACAGACAUACUCGUCGCUACGUAUUUUUAGAUCGAUUUCCUCACCACACCUGUAUCAUGAAAGAUUAAUCCGCCGUCAAACUAACGACACAAGAAAUAUAACUUCAGCAGCGAGAAACGCUAUAGUGACACCUGGUUUUAUAAGAAAAGUUCUUGAAAUAAAUUCGAGAGAACAAGAGAUUCCAUCGGAAAAGAACAUAUUUACACAUGCAAGUGAAAAGUCUACGACAAAAUAUAGUAUAAGUUUUGAUGAGCCCACGUCUACGCACAAAAAGAUACCAAAACAAAAAGUUACUCAUAUCGGGUUCUUAAAGGUUCACAAGGCCGGUUCGACAACGAUGCAAAAUAUCUUUUUCCGAUUCGGUCUAAAACAUAAUUUGACGUUUGUACUGCCCGAGCGAGGGCACUAUUUUAUGACAACAAAGUCGGCAAUGCCUGUGACUCCGGGGCACCACCGGGAUAUUUUGGCUUGUCAUUCAAAGUACAGUCGGGGGUUAUUUGGAUCGGUUCUUCCGGAAGACACUGUUAAUAUUGGAAUAAUUCGGGAACCUUUUGACCGUAUGAUUAGUGCCGCUUAUUACUACAGGGAUGUUUGGAGAUCCCCGAUGCUCAUUGAUGUGCCGAGAUUAAAUUUCAUUCACAAUCUUGUCAACCGGCCUGACCUUUAUGAACGCAAACCAUUCACUAAGACAAAAAACGCAAUGGGCCAAGAUUUCGGAUUUGCUCCUACAGUCACCAUCAAUGAUACGGACAUUAUUAAAGAUCAUCUCGAAAUGUUGACAAAAGAUUUUAAACUGGUCCUUCUUAUGGAAAAGUUUGAUGAGAGUCUUAUAUUAAUGAAAAGAACCUUAAACUGGGAUUUAUCGGACAUAAUUUACUUCACGUCAAAUAGCCACGCCCAUCAGCCCGUGAUACUUAAUCCAACCGAACUUGACAAAUUUAAAAGCACGUGUUUUCUCGAUUAUGCUGUUUUUGAAAAAUUUAAUAAAACAUUUCAUGAAAAGUUAUCUGCCGAAGGUUUACAUUUCAUGGAAGAAGUUGAACAUUUUAAAUCUGUACUCGAACUAGUCAAAGAUUACUGCGAUAUACAGGGAGCAAGAAGGGAGCGCAAACCUUUGAAUAUAGUUGAAUCUGACUGGAACGAGCCAUUCAAAAUAACACAAAAUGAUUGUUACUAUAUGCAAAUGAAGGAGUUACCUUUUGUAGACUUUCUUAAAAGAAGACACAGAGAAGCAAAUAUUCUCAAUGACCUUGAAAUAAACAAAUAUUGAUUAUGACUAAAAUGUCUAAAAACGAUCUAGGCUUAGUUAUGACGCCAUGGUUAUAGUUGAAGCAAGAUUAAACGCAAACGUCUCCGGGAAGUAGGACAAGUUCCGAUCCGGGGAUAUCCCGACACAACUUGAUUUUGGAUUUCCAAGGAAGUUACGUCAUGUGUUCAGGUUGCUGUCUCAAUCAUAGUCUGGAUUACCUGCCCUUUUUCUCUUUUUCGUUCAAUAGUACUAAAUUUUAUAGUACGACGGGAACCAGACUACCAGGUAUCUCAAUCAUCGCUUAUGCUGCAAAAAGAACGCCGCCGUCUUUGGUUGGCAUGUCUCUGGCUUCAUAAUUAGUGUAUAGAAGGAACUCCACUGAAGUCUAAAUGCAUAAACAUACUACAUGUAUUUAAAUUCAAUUUCUUUCAUUGAUUAAAUGAUGCACUUGAAAAAAAUAUGCAACAAAUUUAAGCACAAAACAGUGAUGUCAUGGCAUGUCGUGGUGAUACUUUAAAAACAGUAUAUUUAUUUCAAAGAAUAUCGUGAUUCUCAAUUUAUUUAUUUAGUUUAACAAUGCAAAGUUAAUCGAAGAUACGUGAUUGCGGCGCGAUAAUCAAACGUCCUCUGAUCAUGAUUGUAAUCAAGCGUCCCACGAUAAUGAUUGUCUCGUGAGAGUCUCGUGGGAGUUGGAGUGUAUGAAUCCCACUUAACGAACAUAAUUGUCGAGAAAAUUACUAACCCUUUGUACCCAGUAAUUUCAUUCGUUCAUAUGUAAUGCACAUUUCCCUUUCGGGAAUCAACACAGAAAUUAAAUAUUCCUAGUCACUGAACAUUUACUGCCAUUGGGAAUAUGCCUGGCACUUAACAUACAUGUAUAUUUGUUAUUAACGUGAAAUGCAUAUGUUUUUCAUUACUAAUUAUUGUUGAUUUUUUUUAUUUAAAAUUUUCAUUGAAGUUUAAAUAAACUGUCUACAGAAGAGAAAUAAAGUGUCAAAUCUUACAUUAUAACAGAAUUUCUAAAUGAAAAACAUGGCAUCAAAACGGUAUUUCCUAUUCAAAAAUGACACCAGAUGGAAAUAUGACACCAAAACAGUAUUUUGUUGGUCAUUUUGCUUUGAUUUAUUAAAAUGGCAUCGAAUUGUAUGUUCUUGGGUCAGUACGAUCUCUAUGGCUAUCAUGUUCCGCAGUAGACCUCUGAAAUAAUAAGGCGACAUAUUGGAACUACUUUCAGUCAGAUGGUAAAAUGGCGGACUCCAGCCUCCACGUGCCACAUUUGUGGCGAAAUGGGAAGUGAUAUGCUUUUUAUACAGUGGAAGAAAUAACAGUGAUGUUAAGAAAUUGAUAACCGUCAAUUCUCUUCUAAAUUAGGAUAAGCUUAAGUUUAACGAUUGCAUCUUGGGCAUAUACACGCGGAAACGACACUAAAAAGGCGACUAAAACUGAUCUCAGAACGAUUUUUACUAUUAAGGGUAUAUAUCCAAAAUAAGUAGUCAUUUGAAUUCUGCAUAGCUGAUUUUACGCAACAAUUACAAUUAAUUUUAGACAUUUAGACUAAACAUGUAAUUUUAUGCAUUUAAUGUUAAAUGGGAAGUAAAAUAUCUGAUUAAAUGAUAUGAGUAACUUAAGUAUAGUUGCUUUCUUUCGAUUGAGAAUUAAAAUAUCCCAAAAUUUACUUGAAUAAUAAAUAAUUAAUUUAUUCGUGAUGUUAGAUAAUUUUCAAAAUUAAUAAUGUAAUGUAAUUUACUUAGUUUUUACGAGAAAUGCGAGGAAGCGUGGCUUUUGUCAUGUCUCACAACCCUUUGUUAUAUUCUUGAAUAAUUAUGAGUAUAUUAUGAGUAUAUUACGAGUAUAUUAUGAGUAUAUUAUGAGUAUAUUAUGAGUAAAUGCUCUUGUCAUUUAUUUUUUUAACGCUUUACCCUUCACGUUCAAAGUUUUUGACCUUUACAUUGCUUAUUAAUAGCAAUAUCAAAACGCAAUGGCUAAACAGCAAAAUAAUCUCAUACGCGAGGUGGUACUAUUUUUAAACGCGUAUGUAGCGAUGACAGGCGGUCAUGUGGUUAUGACUGCAAGCUUUAGAGCUUUCGCUUUUAAAAAUUGCAUCAGAUUUCAUGUAAAAAAUAAUUUAAAAAUCCAGAGGGUCUUAAACUGAUGCUUUGCAUAAAUGGUUUUCGUUGUUUUAUAUUAAAAUUAGUAAAUAAUCUGGAAACUUUAUACCUUAUCAUAGAAAUAAUAGAAUAGUGAUAUGAUGCGUUGUUUAUUAUAUGUAUACACUCAGAGGCCCUUAUAAACCGACACUUACAUUUUUUUCGGUAUAAAUAUGUUAUUUGAGAACGGAUUUUGUCAAAUUUGGACCAUACAAAAUUCAACAUAUCACACUUACUACUUAGAAUUAUAUUUACAAUUCAUAGAUAAGAAAAAAGAAAAACAUAACAAAA